AUCUGUGGUAGGUGAUAAAUUGAUAAGCACACACUACACAGUACUUGUUGAUUAAAAACUGAAUCAAUAGCAAAACAAACGGAAACGCGGAGCGUACGGGGAAUUUCACAAAAUUGUUAUUAUGCAAGUUAAGAAUAAAUUUGUACCAAACUAUGCGGUCCAAGUUGUUAUCGUGUUCUUCUGUAUUAUCAAUUCCAUUGUAGGACGAAAGUUUUCUGAUGAAGGUUAUUACCCUGGAGACUACUACAAUGCCCAGCAAGCGCAGUAUGCCAAAAUAAAAACUGCGUUAGGAAAACUUGAACAUGCACCCCAGUAUGUCCCAAACUGGCCGAACCCCAACAUCAAACUGGGGCAAGUGUCUGGAGUAGCGCUGGAUCCAACCGGUCAGCUCCUAGUCUUCCACCGAGCUGACAACACCUGGGAUGAAACCACAUUCUCCAUGCGUAAUGUGUAUCAGAAGAUAGGAGAGCCGCCCAUUCCUCAUAAUACUGUGCUGGUCUUUAAUGAUACUGGAGAGCUGGUGGAUAUGUGGGGGAAGAAUCUUUUCUACAUGCCCCAUGGAAUCACGGUGGAUAAGCAGGGUAACGUGUGGGUGACUGAUGUGGCGCUGCAUCAGGUCUUCAAGUUCACACCGCGGCAAAGGGAGCAGCCAGCCCUUGUUCUAGGGGAAAAGUUCGUGCCAGGCAACGACGAGCGCCACUUCUGCAAGCCGAGCGCUGUCGCCGUCCUCGACUCGGGCGAGUUCUUCGUGGCUGACGGCUAUUGCAAUACGCGCAUUAUGAAGUUUGACCCUGAUGGAGAGUUACUACUACAGUGGGGUAGCCAUUCCCGAUUCGCCUCCCCAUUCUCAUUCAACGUGCCGCACGCCCUAACUCUGGCCGAAGACAGAGGCUUAAUAUGCGUGGCGGACAGAGAAAAUGGUCGAGUCGCCUGCUUCCGGUCUGAUAAUGGGACUUAUGUCGCUGGAUUCAAAAACUGGCUUAUAGGACCGAGGCUGUUUAGUGUUGCCUAUUCUCCAGUUAGAGGUGGCCGCCUUUACAUAGUCAACGGGCCGUCGGGCAACGUGCCCGUCCGAGGCUACAUCAUCGACUUCACUUCCGCUCGGCUUAUUGGCACUUUUGCUCCUGAGGCGGAGUUCAGCAACCCACACGACGUAGUAACUACAGCUGAUGGCUCUAACGUCUAUGUCGCUGAGCUCAAUCCGUUUAGGGUAUAUAAAUUCGAAGACGAUGUUUUGCGGAACGAAACGAAAAUUGAGAAGAAUAUGAGCGUGCCAGUCAAACCUACAACCACUAUCGCGCUCGGUGAUCAAGCCGCGAUGGUGCCGCUGGACACUUGGGACACUUGGCGCGGCGCGGUGGGCGGCGCGGCCGGGGCGGCGGGCGCGGCGUUGUUAGCCGUAGCGGCGUUGGCCUUGCUGCGGGCGAGGAACAAAGGUAAGGACGAGCAGGCCGAGCCGCUUGUCGCCUAAUGCCCGGUUAUGAGGAGCUUAGCGAACACCGAACAGUUGGAAUUUUAACCUUUUUACCGCUACCUCUAUAUUCCUGAUAGUGCAUGUAAUUUAAAAUGCACCUUCAUUCCCUUUUCGUUGUAUAAAAUUGGCGUUUAAUACUCGGUAAAAUCGGUAAUUAUUUUUUGAGUCUUAUACAACCUCAGUGUAAGCUACGAUCAUAAAAUUCUGUUCGCUAAUCUCCAAUUUAAAUUAAGUACAACGACGUGAUACCCGUAAAUAUAUGCUUUAGAGAUGAUACAAAGAAAAUAUUUGACGCAUAGAAUACAUAAGCCAACAGCGCAACUAUGUCUGUAAUUUGUUAAAUUGGAAAACCUUUACCAGUUUACCAACAAAACAUCAAGUUCAUAAUCAUAUGUCAUAUCAUAGGAUGUAUAUAACACAUGACUAUCAGGUCACAUGUCAUAGGGUUUUUACGUUUGGAAGUGUCCAGUUUCUUACCUAGUCCUCUUGCCCGUCCACUUUACAAAAAUGUUAUAAUAUAUUAGAAUAUAAAUGUUUACUUUUUCAAUAAGUAUCGUCUUCUACACGUACAUAUUUCAAUACGUAAGUAGCCAAUUUACUUUCGAAAAGUAGACAUCCUAAACCAAACGUUUUGUACGCGUUCUUAAAUGUAUUUCGUUUUAUAUAGUUAAGCUAGAUGAUUUAAAUAUGUUUUAAUUUGUCUACGCGUACCUAGUAGAAUUAAUUUCUGUCUCAAUUUUAGGUACCUACUUUGUUGUUGUUUUUUUUAUAUUUUAUGCAAUUAAGUUUAAAAAUCUGAUCCAAAUUUAUUUAAUACAUUAAUGAAUACUUGAAAUUAAAUUUCAGUAAUCAUACGUGAAUUACGUUAUUCCUGAAAUUAAUUAAUUUUAGGUUAAACACCUUGUAAAAAUAUAGCUCUAAAUAUGUUACCUACUUACAACGAAAUCGCAAAAUGGAUAUGUAAUUAUUAAUUAAUUUGAAUGAGAAUACGAAUAUUUUGCAUGUUUUAAAACUUUUCAUGCUUUCGGGAUUUGUUGUUUAAUCCUUUUGGAAUGCAAGAUUGAACACGGCAUCUCAUUACUCGGCGUGUCGAAAACAUUUUUCACGCUAAGAGAUCAUUAUGUCCUUAGCUAGUCUUGCAUGCCAAUAGCAAAGUGAGAUUAUUUCUGCGCAUUUUUACAAAUCGAAUUAUAAAUUGUAAUCAGUGUUGGUCUUGUUCUCGUGUUACUUGAAAAAGUUAUCACUAAAAUAAAUUGGUUGACUAAACGAACAUUCUUACAUAGCCAAUUUAUUUUAUGUUAAUAACAAAGAAUCUUUAAAUCCAUAAAUAAGUAAUUAGAUCAUUAUGGUAGUAGAAACUUUAGAUUUUUUUAUUUGUGGUCUGAUAAUCUCCUUUAAACUUUGUGAUCUGACCUUUUGACCGCCGUUGAUAAAUUUAACCAUUUACACAUUACGAUCGAUAAAAAUUGCGAAGUAUUUUUUGACAUUCGGUGGACAAAAAGUUAUUAUUAUUUAUUUUUAAAAUUUACACACCUACACUAUUUUUAAUCUUUAUAUACACUUUUAAUAUUACGUUACGCUUGUUUACCAUUCCUAGCACAAUGUGUUUCUUACAGACUUUAUUUAUUUGUAAUGCUACUUAGUAUUUAUUUUGUAGUACUCAAAGUAAGUACGUAAUGUUUACUUUUAGUUAUGCUUAUGCUUUAGUACUUAGUGAUGCGAUGUAAUAAUAUUUAAUUGAAAUAUAUUUAUUGGAAGCAGC